ACAAGAAUACAACAAGCGGGGUCUUCUAGGGUGAAGUAUUUGAUUUAUUUGUGAUGUAUCGUAUAAAAAACUAAGAUGUUUAACAUUAACCCAAAUGCAAGUUUCAAAUAACGAGGUUGAAAGUUUAGAGCAUCUAAGUCAAAUGGCAGAUGAAAUUCCUUGAACCAUCAUUAGCUUGGGAUCAACAACUGUCGUUAAAAAAUAAUUCUGCUGCUUAUUGAGUGAAGAUUGGUUGGAUAAAACACAUCACUGAUGUCAGCAGAAAAGAUGGAGACGGAGAACAUGUACAGUGGAGCAGAGUCACUGUAUGAAGAGAAAGACAACAUCCUCAGUCCUGAGGAUUUGUCCGAGAUGUUGGCAGUAGGAACCAAGGAGGUGCAUGAGAAGGCAGAGAACACUCUGUUUGUCAAGGAGUUCCUCAAGGGUCGCAUCCGCAGAGAGCUCUUCAAGCUUGGUGCCGUGGCACUCUACUAUACCUACACAGCUAUCGAGGAAGAGAUUGAGAGGAACAAGGACCACGCCCAUUUUGCUCCUCUUUAUUUUCCUGCAGAGCUGCACCGCCAUGAGGCCUUGGCUCAUGACCUUGAGUACUUUUAUGGCCCACAAUGGCAGAGCAUGAUCAGCUGCUCUGCAGCCACUCAAAAAUAUGUGGAUCGUAUCCGUCAAGUAGGACAGGAGGACCCAGUGCUGCUGGUGGCUCAUGCUUACACUCGAUACAUGGGGGACCUGUCUGGAGGCCAGGUGCUGAAGAAGGUAGCUCAGAGAGCUUUGAAGCUGCCCCCCACGGGAGAGGGCCUGGAAUUCUACUACUUUGAUGCCAUCCAUAGUGCCAAAGAAUUCAAACAGCUGUAUCGGAGUCGGAUGAACGAACUGGAGCUGGACAUGGAAACAAAGAGGAGACUAGUUUCGGAAGCAGUCAAGGCUUUCCAGUUCAACAUUGAGGUGUUUGAGGAGUUGGAGGAGAUUGGGAAGUCCAUCCAAGAAGAUGUUCUAGAUGUUGGCGUGCCUGCUCAUGGCACAGCAGGUGGCGAUCUCAGCAAAUGUCCCUACUAUUCUGCCAAAAUGGCAGCGAGCGGUGGAACUGCAUGCGUCUGUCAGCUCGCCAUGACUGUUCUCAGACACCCGGCAGGGCAGGUGCUGUUUGCUACUUUGUUUGCUGUUUUGGCUGGAUUGGCCGCACGGUAUUUCAUGUGAUCGAGCCCUCAGCUCAUCUCUCUGGAACUGUGAGUGAGGAGAAACUCAGAAGGAA